CUUUUUCCGAUUUAUUUGUAAACAGAUCCAAGUCGGCGCAGCUUUGCAAACGGAGAAAUCGCUCUCGGUCGCUUGCCUUUUCGCUGGAAAUGGAGUGCAAAACGCCCAACAUUGUUGCUGGCGAAGCUUCCGAAACGGAUGACGACGAGGCUGCUGAGGUAAUAUCGAUCGAAAAAGGAAUUCCCCAUCUGUCCGUAUCCGGGGCGGCGCCUCCAUCGUACACGUUUGCCCGGGAAGCGGUUGAAUCAUCGGCAUCCAGCACACCGCCGCAGGUCGUUGCUUCGGACGAGGAGAUGCAACGGCUGCACGUGCGCCGGGCCAUGAAUGAACGUUGCAUUUCGAUGCUGAACGAAUUCAUCCACAACACGGUAAUAUCCGUUUCGAAGCAGCUCAAUGAAACGGACAACUUUCUCAUGAAAUCGCAGAUGGUGCUCCAGAAUACAACCACAUCCGUUAAAAAGAUGAACGACAAUACGCACCAAAUGCAGACCAAGCUGCACGACAUUCUCACGUUUAACUUUGUACCGAAUAUUAACAUUUAAAGUAAGUAGAACGGUCAACCGAACACAGUA